UUUUAUUUUCUUUGACACAUGGCAUGCGAAGUCUUGGAAGUAAACUAUGUAAAUUGGAGCUGGAAAGCGACGACUACACGACGGUACCCAUGUUUUGGAGUAAAAUACCGUCUUGAAUUUUAAUAGUUGACUUCUUCAUAAUCACCUGCCAGCAUGGAUCAAGCACUUUUGAGAGAGAGGGAGGCCUUCUUAAAGAGGGCAAAAUCUCAACCAGUUGUUGAGAAAAAGAGACCAAAAGCAGGAUCAUCUAAAGAACCACCACCCAAGAAAAAGAAACCGGGUUCUGGCUUUUCAGAACCAGGCUCCAGCAGAGCAUCCACAGGGCUGAACUAUAAGACACAUGCUGGUAGUUCCAAGUAUAAGUUUGGUAUUCUGGCAAAAGUUGUUCAACACAUGAAGGUGCGUCAUCAACAAGGGGAUUCAUACCCACUGUCUAUUGAAGAAAUACUGGAUGAAACUAAUCAGAUGGAUGUUGGUCCAAAACACAAGAUGUGGCUAAUCAAUGAGGCCUUGCCAAACAACCCAAAGGUAAGCCUAGAAGAUGGAAAAUACCUCUUCAAACCAGCUUUCAAUGUGAGGAACAGGAAGGAGAUGGUGCGUCUGUUGAAGAGACAUGAUCAGCGUGGGUUGGGUGGCAUUAUGAUGGAAGAUGUCAUGGAGAGUUUACCUCAUGCCAAGGUUGGAGUAGAGAAACUAGAGAAAGCUGGUGAAAUCAUUGUCCUAACAAAGCCUGACAAGAAAAAAGUGGUGUACUACAAUGACAGAACAUUUAAGCUCAAGAUAGAAGAGGAAUUUAAGGAGUUAUGGAACAGCACAACAGUAGAUUCAUUAGAUGAGGAAAAGAUCCAAGAAUACCUCAAGAAACAAGGCAUCAACUCAAUGCAAGAUCAUGGACCAAAGAAAUUUAAUGCACCGCAGAGAAAGAAACCCAACAGGAAAGGUCAGCGAAAGUUCAAGACCCACAACGACCACAUAUCAGAAGUACUCAAAGACUACUCGGAAGCCAAGAAAUAAAACCAUCCCAUCUACAAAUAUGAACUUUGCUUUAAUACAAGGAAACUUGGGAUUGUACAUCUUUCCAAAAUUCCACAUUGUAUAUACCGUAGAUCUAACGAGGAGGCGCGAUAGCUCAGUCGGUAGAGCAGUGGUCUCGUAAUCCGGUGACCCGGGUUCGAAACCAAGUCGAUGCACUAGUGCCCUUUGGUAAGGCAUUAAUCCUCAUUAUCAGGUCCCUCGGAGAGGACCUAAAGCCGUCGGUCAUCUGGUUGCUUACUUGCUUUCUUAGCAGUCAGGUAACAUAACCACCAUCACCAUGUUCACAUUGUGCAAAUGGGGCGUGGUACAGGAAUCAACAUGGAUUUCAGUGAUUGAUCAGCUAUACUCAAGGACGACUCAGAUGCUAAGAAAGAACACCCUCUUAUGUGCAAAUUUGACCCUUACAUAGAAGGAAACUUGGGACUGUACAAUUGUUUCCCAAAGUCCAUAUUGUGUUUGUGUUUAUGAUGUGCAGAUAGGGUGUGCUACAAGAAACAGAAUGCAUCUGUGUGAUGGCUUCAAGAAGGUAACAGGGUCAAGAAGUUUGUAUGUGAUGAAGGUUUCAACUUGGCAGAGAUUCCGUCUUGUUUUGAAAUAUGGUUUGAUGAGCUAGACAUUUUCUCAGGAAUGCAUUGGAAGGCACACUAAUGUGAAAAGAUUGACUGGGUUGACAAUUUUUGAUGGGAACUUCUUUAAACAGUAGGCGUGGUAGGAAUGAAUGAUUCACAGUCACGUGGUGUCAAAUGACCAAUUAGGUAAGGCUAUUAGGCUACAUUCUGGAAUUUGUUUUAUAUUGCUUAAUAAUAAACAAAAUAUGGUGAUGAUUAUGAUUAAGUCUCCAGAGCAUUGAUAUGUAAGUCAGAAUUUGUACUGCUACUGCUGUAGUCAGACUGUUACACCUAGCUAAGGUCCCUGCUGGUCAUAUCAAAUCUGUGAAAUGGUGCUGACCGAGUACCAACAUUGGACAGGGCAGUAAGCAUCGUUUAGACCCUGUAUUGCCACAAAGAUACUGUGAAAUCAUAGAUAUUGUCUUGCAUUUUUAUUUAAAUAAAAAAAUACAAUAAAGAAA